AUGGCUUCUUUUCUUCUUAUUUGUCUUAGUACAUUUCUUUUAACAAUUCAAAUUUAUGGAUUACCUAAUGGUGCCCCAAAAAAAGCUUGUGAAGGUUCUAUGUUACCUCAUCAUCAUAAAAUUCAACCACAACCAUCAACAACAAGUCCAAUAACAAAAUUUAAUGCAACAUGGAAUGCUGACAAUGAAACUAUGUCUGUUCAUAUUGAAUCAAAAAAACCAUUUCAAGGUAUAUUUGUACAAGGUAGAAAAAUGAAUGAGGAUAAACCAAUAGGCAAAUUUAUUGAUAUUCCAUCAAAAAUGCAUGUUGUUGAUUGUCCAACUGGUGAUGGUAUAACUCAUGAUUCACCUCAAGAAUGGACAAAACUCGACUUAACAUGGAAGAAACCAGAAUCUAUGAAGACUAAUGAAACUAUUCAAUUUUGGGCAACCGUUGUCGUUGAUUUUAAAAAUUUUUGGGCUUUAAAAAUUUUAUUAAAAUUGAUAUUCAAUAUAUCUGUUUCAUUAAGUUAUUAUGCUCGUGGUUAUAUUUUACCUCAAACAGUAAGCUUCUGUCAUUUUUGGCAAUAUGUUGAUUAUACAUCUAAUGGAUGUAUUAUUUGGUGUAAUGCUAUAUUUACAAUUGAAAGAUAUAUACUUGUUUUUUAUCCACAUUAUCUUCGUUCGAAACGUCAAAAAAUAAUUUUACAUUAUCUACCAAUUUUUAUAUCGAAUUUAUAUUUAAUUAUAUUUUAUAUUUAUAGUAUUCUUAUUUUUCCUUGUGAGAAUUCAAAUGAAUAUGAUAGAGAAUUAUGUGGUAAUGCAUGUAUUGAUGCUAGUUGGAGUUUAUCAACAUUUGAUUGGCUUUUUAAUUUAUUAUUACCAAUAUUUGUUAUUAUUUUUGGUUCAUCUAUUUUAUUACUACGAGUUAUAUGGGCACGAAGAAAAAUGCAAAGAAAUUUAAGAAAUUGGUCUAAAAAUUGGAAAAUGAUUGUGCAAUUAUUAGGAAUUGCUCUUAUGUAUACUGUUGUUUGGUUACCAUUAUCAGUAGUAUCAUUAAUGGCUACAUUUACGGGUAGUGAAUCUCUUGAAUCAAUUGAUGAGAAUUACUUGUACUAUCUAACUUAUUUAGCUGAUCUGAGUAUACCUGUUAUUACAUUUAUAUUUGCACCAGAAAUUAAUCGUCGUAUACGACGUGGACAAGUACAACCAACACCGACAUGUAUGGCAUCUGGAAAAACAAACUAA